AUGCCAAAGCCAAGAACGAAGCGCGGAGCCGACCGCGAGGAGAGAAAGCGCAAACGCCGCGAGGACGAAGACGGCCCCGGCAAACGCUACGAACCGAAACGCAAACGCACCAAGGACAGCAGCAACGAGCACCAUGACCAUGAGCAGCACCACCAUGACCGUCACCAUGACCAUCGCCAUCACCAGCAAGAUGGCCAGCAGCACGGCGACGUCGAAUUCUUCGGGAUGCUGACCGACGAGGAGCAGGAGUACUUCCGGCGCGCCGACGAGAUGCUGGGCCUAAACCAGUUCCCCACGCCGGGCGAGCGCGAGGCCUUCCUCGACGGCGUCUUCGCCGAGGCCCGCGGCAAGGAGCUCAAGCUCGCCAGCAGCCAGUCGUGCUCGCGGCUCCUGGAGCGCCUGGUGCAGCUGGGCGGCACGCCGCGCCGCAAGAGCCUGUUCCGCGCGUUUGGCGGGCACUUUGCGUCGCUGGUGCGGCACCGCUUCGCCAGCCACUGCUGCGAGGCGCUCUUCCUUCGCUCCGCCGCGGCCGUCUCGCGCGAGAUGACGGGCUUUGUGGUGGACACGCAGGGCGCCAGGGACGGGGCGGGGGACCACGACGGGCCGGAAGCCUCCAUGGAGGAGCUGUUCCUGGCGGCGCUGGACGAGAUCCAGGGCAGCCUGGGCUUCCUGGUCACCGACCGCUUCGCCUCGCACGUGCUGCGCGUGCUGCUGCUGGUGCUGUCGGGCCGGCCGCUCGAGGACGCCUCGGCGCGGACCCUCGUCAGGAGCAAAAGGAAGGAGGGCGUGACGGUGGCGGCCACCCACGACGGCGGCGGCGGCGGCGGCGGCGGCGACGGCGACGACUACGAGCAAACCAGGGGGCCGAGGCCUGUGCCCGCGUCCUUUGUCGCGGCGGUGCGCAGAACCAUUGCCGGCUGCACGGCCGGCCUGGACGGCGCCGCGCUGCGCGUCCUCGCCAGGCAUCCCGUCGGCAACCCCACGCUGCAGCUGCUCCUGGAACUAGACCUGACGACCCCCGGCAAGGCUGACAACCAUGGCCGCGGCGGCGGCGGCGGCGACGACGACGACGACGACAACGACGACAACGACGGCGGCGGCGGCGGCAGCCCGUCGCUGCUCGCCCAGCUCCUCCCGGGGGCCCCGGCGUCCCUCGCCGACGCGUCGUCGGAAGCGUCCGAGUUCGUCCACGGCAUGAUCUACGACCAGAUCGGCUCGCGGCUCGUCGAGACGCUGGUGCAGCACUGCCCCGGGAGGAUCUUCAAGCCCCUCAACCGCCACGUCCUGCUGCCCAGGAUAGCGGCCUACGCGCGCAACGACGUGGCCUGCUACCCGGCCAUCAGGGUGCUCAACCGCCUCGGCAGGGACCAGCUCGUCGAGGCCGUCGGCCAGGUGGCGCCGACGGUGCCGCAGCUCGUCUCCAAGGCGCGGUUCGACGUCCUGCGGACCCUGUUUGAGCGCUGCGCCGCCCGCGGCGCCCCCGACCAGGUCAGGACGCUCACCAGAGCCCUCAAGGACGCCUGCGGCCACCAGCCCGACGCCCUGGUCGCCUCCCUGUGCCGCCUGCGCCGGGAGGGCCACGACGACGGGGACCACGACGACGGGGACCACCAUCACCACGACGGGGACCGCGCCGACCGCGCCGACCGCGCCGCCCGCGCCGACCGCGCCGCCCGCGCCGCCCAGUCGCACGGCGCCCAGCUCCUCGCCGCCAUGCUCUCCGCCGGCCCCGGCCCCGCCAAGGCCGUCCACCAGGCCAUCCUCGCCACCCCGCCCGACCGGCUCGCCCGCCUGGCCGCCGCGUCCAUGCCCGCCGUCACCCUCCUCACCACCGCCCUCGCCACCCCCAGCGCCAACUCGGCCUUCCAGAAAGCCCUCGUCGCGGCCCUGUCCCCGCGCACCUGCCACCUGGCCGCCUCCCGCUUCGGCCACAACCUGGUCAACGCCGUGGCCGAGCUUCCCGCCAGGGGCAAGGACCUCAGCCUGCCCUUGCACGUCAAGGAGGCCAUCGCGCAGGCGCUGCUCUCGCACGAGGCCGAGCUCCGGCAGUCCUGGAUGGGGAGGAGCGUCUGGCGCACCUGGAAAUGCGACCUGUGCAAGUCGAGAAGGGCGGAAUGGAAGGCGUGGAUGCGCGAGACCGACCAGCCGCAGCCGCAGCCGCAGCCGCAGCCGCGUCCAGGUGGACGCGAGGCGAAAGAUGCUGAUGCAAAGCACAAGCGGCACAAGCGGAAGAAGGGGGCCAUCGAGGCGGCAGCUGCGGCCGAGGAAUUAUAG